AUGGACUUUCUUGAAAGAACUUACCUCAUGAAUGACAAAGCUACCAAGAUGUAUGCCUUCAUGCUAGACAGUGUGGAACUCCAACAGAAACCUGUGAAUGAAGAUCAGUGUCCUGGAGAAAGGCCAGUGGAGCCAGAGCCAGGAGGCAUCUGUCACUGCCAUAGCAACUCCAAGGCCACAGAGAACAGAGCAAAUGAGCAAGUGCACGCCAAGUGGAAACUCUGUGCUGCAUCAGGGAUGUGCUUUAUUUUCAUGAUCGCAGAGGUUGUGGGUGGUCACAUUGCUGGGAGUCUUGCUGUCAUCACUGAUGCUGCUCAUCUCCUAAUUGACCUGACCAGUUUCCUGCUCAGUCUUUUUUCCUUGUGGUUGUCAUCGAGGCCCCCAUCAAAACGUCUAACGUUUGGGUGGCACCGAGCAGAGAUCCUUGGUGCCCUGCUGUCGGUCCUUUGCAUCUGGGUGGUGACUGGUGUGCUGGUGUACCUGGCAUGUGAGCGUCUGCUGUACCCUGAUUACCAGAUUCAGGCAACCGUCAUGAUUAUCAUCUCUGGCUGUGCAGUAGUGGCCAAUGUUGUAUUAACUGUGAUUUUGCACCAAAAACGCAUUGGCCGCAAUCACACAGAAGAACAAGUUAAUGCCAGUGUCAAGGCAGCUUUUGUGCAUGCCCUUGGAGACAUAUUUCAGAGCAUCAGUGUGCUAAUCAGUGCACUUAUUAUCUAUUUUAAGCCAGACUACAAAAUUGCUGAUCCAAUCUGCACGUUUAUCUUUUCCAUCCUGGUCUUGGCCAGCACCAUUACAAUCUUAAAAGACUUCUGCAUCUUACUCAUGGAAGGUGUACCAAAGGGCCUGAGUUACAAUGGUGUGAAAGAGCUCAUCUUAGCAGUCGAUGGCGUGGUGUCUGUUCAUAGCCUGCACAUCUGGUCUCUAACAAUGAACCAAGUGAUUCUCUCAGCUCAUGUUGCUACAGCAGCCAGCUGGGACAGCCAGACUGUGCACAGAAGGAUUGCUCAAGCUCUCAGCAGCAGUUUCACUGUGCACUCACUCACCAUUCAGGUGGAAUCUCCAGCCGACCAGGACCCAGACUGCCUUCUCUGUGAAGACCCCCAGGACUAG